AUGGGAGAUCCAUCCAGUGCAGAUUACAAGCCCGAAUGGCUCGAGCUUGAGAAAGCUCUCGGUACCCGUCCCCUUCUCGUAGGCGAUUCAGCCAACAUCGAAGAGCAAUUCAACGGCCUAAUCGCAGCGCUGAGUGCCCAAAGACCCCCUCCCGAUACCUCAGUUCAAACACGUGAUACGUCUGCAGAUGGCGUUCCAGUUCGUAUAUACACUCCUCCAAACGCCUCCCAAAAUGGAGAACUUCCUCUAGGAGUGUAUUUUCACGGAGGUGGAUAUUGUGUUGGAAACCUGGAUUCGGAGGAUGUAUGGUGUCGAUACAUUGCAAAGAGUGUCCCUUGUGUGAUUGUAAGUGUGGACUAUAGAUUGGGUCCGAAACAUAAGGUUCCGAUUAUGUUGGAUGACAGCGUUAAGGCUUUUGAAUGGGCCCACACCCACGCCUCAUCCCUCCACGCCUCCCCAUCCCAACUCUUCACCAUCGGUGCCUCCGCCGGCGGCGGUCUCGCUCUAACCGUCGCCCACGAUCUCAUCGCCGCGGGUAAACGAUACCAAAUCAAAGGUAUCGUGGCCAUGGUCCCCGUCGCCGCACACCCAUCUUCGAUCCCCGCGUCUUACAAAAAUCACUAUAAAUCCUACGAUGAGAAUGCGCACGGCGUACCGGUCAUUGAUGCGGAUUCGAUGGAUACGUUUUUUGGAGCUGUGGGGGCGGAUCCGCAGGAUCCGCGAGUGUUUGUGACGCUUUCGAAACAUUUGGAGGAAUUUCCUCCGACUUAUAUUGCGACGUGUGGAAAAGAUCCUCUGCGGGAUGAUGGUAAGGUGUUGGAAAUGAUGUUGAAGGAUAAGGGUAUCGAGACAAAGAGCGAUUAUUAUGAGGGGGUACCGCAUUAUUUUUGGCUUUUCCCCGGCAUCAAGGGUGGAGACGAAUUUUUGGGUAAUGUCAGUAAAGGGGUGAAGUUUGUUCUGGGUAUUUAA